ACUCUGGUCUCUGUCAGUUCUCAAGCUGAGCUGGGGCUCUGCGACUGCCCUCGUGCAGUGCCCGGGGCUAGAAAGAAACUUUGCCUAGGCAGGGCUAAGAAAAAGGAAAAUACAGCAAGCCCCACGAAGAUCAGGGCACCUCCGUACGAGGGAUUCCACAGCAGACACUGAUUCUACACCUGGAAGACAUGGAGGAAAGACCGGCAGACACUAAUGCCGGUGUCGACAACUCAGCAUCCCCAUCUGUGGCUCAGCUCGCAGGCCGAUUCAGAGAACAGGCAGCAGCCGUCUCAGCUAAGGAGCCACCAGCCAAUAAACCAACAAGAAGGAAACCACCUUGCUCCCUUUCCCUGUUCCCCCCCAAGAUAGAGAUGGGCCAGAAUGGUGAGGAGAAACCAUCACCCAAUGCGGGCCACCCUCCCAAAAUCAAGGUGAAAAACUCCCCUUUGAUUGAGAAGCUACAGGCCAAUUUAGCCUUUGAUCCUGCUGCCCUGUUGCCAGGGGCUUCACCUAAAAGUCCUGGAUUAAAGGCCAUUGUGUCUCCAUUUCAUAGCCCACCUUCCACCCCCAGCAGUCCAAGUGUUAGAUCCAGGUCCACUGAACCAGAGGAGGUGCCAGUCAGCUUUGACCAACCCCCUGAAGGCAGCCAUCUACCUUGUUACAAUAAGGUGCGGACACGAGGGUCAAUAAAGAGGAGACCUCCCUCCAGAAGAUUCAGACGAUCACAGUCAGACUGUGGGGUGGAUCUGGGAGAUUUGGGGGCAGCUGAAUCAUCUCAGGAGAAUGGUGCCAAGGAAGAGGACAGUGAUGAGGUGUUCACAUCCAAGAACAAAGCCUUGGGGUCUCCCCUCUCUAGGGCAAUGAGCAGAGAGAUGAGGAGAGAGCUGGAGUCUGAUGACAAACCUCUGCUAAGGAGGUCAUGCAGUAUGACCGAGAACCCAGGGGAAAGGAGCAGGGCCUUGGAAGAAGCCACAUCAUACAGGAAUGCUGUGAAAAAUAAAGAAGGGAAACAGCAGAGUACAGUGGAGGAUGCUGAAGGAGAAUCACACCAGAGAGCCACAGAUAAUCAAGAGGAAAAAAGAGAGAGCCCAAAGGAGGAUAAAAAGGAGACAUCUCCAGUGGAUUCUGGAGGGGAUAAAAAGGAAAAGACAAGUGAAGACCCUACUUUAGAGACAGAGGAAACAUCUGAGAAAAGCACAGGAGAUGAAGAGGAGAAACCUGGACAGAAGAACACAGGGGCUAAAGAUGGGGAACCAAAACAGCGUACUGCCACAGGGACAAAUGAGGAGAGGCCCCAAAACACCCCCAAAGAGAAGGCAGGAGAAAAUACCACCGAGUCAGAAAAAGAUAAAGAAGAGAAUGAGCAAAAGGAGAGUAUUUCUGAGAACAUAGACAACCAAGAAAAAACACACAACCAAGAAUGCAAUGCUGGAACAGGGCAUUCUCAGCCAGCAACAGAUUCUGAGACCACCAGUGAAGCCCCAAAUAUGCAAUCAACCUGCAGUGCAGAGGAUGGUACCAUAGUACAGGAUACUAAAAUGUAAAAAAAAAAAAAAAAAAAGAGCUCUAUUGUCCACCCUUGAUGAAGUUGCUGGAGUCAUCUCGCUGGAAGUAGCAGCAACAGCACCUGCCAGGAAUGGAGACACUCCAUUAGGAGCUCAUGGGAUAUCAGGAAUGCCAAAGAUAUAGAAUCAGCCUAAAAUCAGAGAGGAUCACUGUUGCCUCAUGGCUUCUAGGCUGUAAUGUUCUUUAGAGGGGUGGGAAGAGAGGAUCCCAGUGUAAAAGGCUUUUCACCAACAGAAAUUUGGUGUGGGAUGUUCCUCAACAGACUUUGUAGAAGAAACCUAUUCAAAACCUCUCACCACCAAACCUGGAGUCAACCCAGUCUGGAUUUUAGGGGACUGCCUAUUCAAGCAAUUGAGCUCUAAAUGAACACUUUUUUGAGUCAUUUCUUGAUGUAGUUCAUCAGACGUGCCUAUGUCUGAGUUGUAACCUUUGUAAUUCUCUGAAAUUCUUACAGUUUUCAUAUACAAGUAAAAACAAAUUUAGGGAUAGGUGGGGAUGAAAUACAGGAAAAAGAAUGUUUUAGUGUGAAUAAUAAUGUGAAUCUUUCAAAAUCAUAAAAGACACAGUCUUUCUUUAAAAAAAAAAAUCAGAACUUUUGAGACAAACUCUCAGCUUACCCACUUUUGAGAUGGCCGAGCAGUUUUUCAAGGACUAAACUCUAGAUGGGCUAAGUGUUGAAACAUUUGUUUCAACCUAUACCAUAUUUAGUCCAUGAGCCUGAGCUUGCUUUCCCUUUUGGAAACGGUCUUCCUAGCUUAUGACUACCAGAGCAACCUAGCUACACCCCCUUUCUGCCAUGUUCUGAGGAGGUAGGCUCUCCAACAGAAAAGCAGGAUGUCCUCAGCACCAGAUGGGAAAUCGGAAGAUGUGGACCUCAUUCCUGUCUCCUUUUCUCCCUCUUCCUUCCCCUCCCUCCCUCUAACUCAGUGUGUGGCCAAGUCAAAUCCUUUGUUCCUCUGUUUCCUCAGCCACAAAGGAAAAACAAAACCUGCCCUCUACCAGCAUGACAUCUUAAGGUGAGGAUAAGUGUUGCUGUUCCAGAUAUUGCCAAGUAAAUGCUUUGUGGUCUUCCGUACACAUGUACUAUAUGAAGGUAAUCAUUUUUAUUAGCUGUUUGGAAAUGCCAUCAAGGCCACUAUUUCAAAUUGAACUUCUUGAAGCAGUAAGUGAGGGAUACUCUGUCAUGGAGAAGUGUCAUUCCCCAGAAUGUAUUUCUACAGGGUAUAUCUUUGCAUUAACAGGGGAUUGUAUGAGGCAGAGAGACUGACUUCUUACUUCAAAUACAAGGCUAAAGGACAUUGGCCAGAAGAAAUCUGCACUUUGCAGAGCUGCUCCUGGGUCUGACUUGAGUUUUGGGGCCUCCCAAAGUGCUAAUUCAGUGGAAUCUUGACUCUGUGGGGUUCACACUGGAAGUCUUCGGAUAUUAGAAAAUGACCUUCCAGCCUGAAGGGUCGGAGGUUGCUCCCCAUCCAUUGAUUUUUCUCUUCCUAGUCAAUCUUCUCUCUGAUUUCUGGAAAGAGUUAGCAUUGGGCUAACAUUGUUUUUUAAAAAUAACCUUGUCGUUAAAAAAGCAGUGGGUCAGCUAGGAUGUGUUCUGACCCAGCCUGUCUUAGGGUGUGCACAACUGUAUUACUGCAUAUACACACAUGUGCUUAAGAGUUCAGACACAUGUGCAUAUGUAUGAGUGUGUGUGAUGGAAGGGGAAGAUUUAUCCUAUUCCUUUCCCCAAAAUGAAAUGGAAGGAAAAGAGAAGAAAUAAAAAAUAUGGAGAU